CUGCCUCGACCGGUUGGAUGAGAGUGGGGAUGAGGGGGUGGGGAAACAUGAUAGGAGAUGGAGAGCAAGAAAUAGAACAAAACAAUAAAUAUGAAGUAUUUUGGGGGUUGAUGAGGCCAGCGGCUGCAGAUCAGGGACACGAAGCUCCAGAUCCAGAGACAUCCGCAGAGAGAACGAGACUAAAGUGGUUUUGUUAAUGAAAUAUCUCAAUUGUAAGUCUAAAUUUGGUUAUUUUUCCCAUGGAACUUCACAUCAUACAUGGUUAGUCCACUGACUGUCGAAAAUCUGAAAACUUUUUCUGUUCUUUUUCAGUUUCUGCUCCUAAAAAAAUUGUGCAAUUUUGUUGAUUUUUUUUUUUUUAUGGCCAUAUUGAGCGAAAAUUCACACAGCCUGAUUUGAACUUUCCUACUUUUGAUUUGACGAAGUGAUCACCUGUGGCAGACGAAGAAGAGAAUCAACUGAAUACCACAGAGUUGUAUGAAGUCUCACCAUCCACAGCAGCUGACACACACUGGGGGGUGUGAACAUGUCUCGGCUGAACUUGAAGCAGCAGAGAGUUGUUCACUCAAUGAUUUUCACAACAAACAGUCCCGUCUGAGCCGCGUCUGAGCUCCCUGAAACAUUCAUUAACUGUUAGCUGAAUUAUUUACAGUUGCACUGACUGAGUUACACGGCAGCUUAAUGAACGGAGUAUCGUGUUUGUGUGUGCGUUGGGUUUGUGACAGGAAAUGCGACUGCUUUUAAAGAAGAAGAGCGUUGUUCUGGCAGUGCUGCUCCUCGUCGGGGGAUUGUAUCUCAUCAACCACUCGGACUUCCUCAUGGCUGGCCUGUCAAGGUCGCCUGAAAUACAUCCAAGUGAGCUAACUUGGCAAGGACAGCUGCUGGUUAGUAAGGAGUCCUGGGUGGACCGGGGGCAGUACCUGCCGUUAAACGUGUCCUAUCAGCUGCUAGCCGGAGCGCCGGCGACUGAACAGAGGUAUUUAUCUAUUGGGAUAUCCUCAGUGAACAGGAAGAAGGGCAGCUAUCUGAUCUCCACCCUGCAGUCCAUCUUCUCAAUGUCAUCUUCUGAAGAGCGCUCCUCCAUGGUGGUGGUCGUGCUGCUAGCAGAUUUUGACACCGGCUGGAGAAUGGCUACCCUAAAGGACAUCAAAACCACCUUUGCCUUGGAGCUGGAACAAGGCCAGCUCGUGGUCAUCCAUGUUCCUCUGGAGUUUUACCCUCCUAUCACAGGUCUGAAGAGGAAUUACAACGAUGCUCCUGAACGGGUAACUUUCCGCUCUAAGCAAAACCUGGAUUACGCCUUCCUGAUUCACUACUGCGCAGGUCUCGGGCAGUACUACCUACAGCUGGAGGAUGACAUCUCCUGUGCAAAAAACUUCCUUAGCAGCAUUAGAAACCGUGUUGCGGAGCAGGAAAAGCAGAAGGUCACUUGGGCAACGUUGGAAUUCUCGGUCCUUGGCUACAUCGGGAAGCUCUACAAAUCGGGCCACCUUCCUCUCCUGGCCCGCUUCCUCUUCCUCUUCUACCAGGAGAUGCCCUGUGACUGGUUACUGACUCACUUCAAAUUGGUGAUGACUCAGAAAGCAACAAUCCUCUUUAAACCGUCGCUGUUCCAACACAUGGGGACUUUCUCCUCUUUCCAAGGGCGGCACAACAAGCUAAAGGACAAAGACUUUGAUGACGGUUUCUACACCAACCCUGUAGCUGAAGUUUUCUCCAACAUAUCCACCUACCAGAAAAACUUCCCCAACCUGGCCUGGGAUGCCGGGGAGGCGUUCUUCUGGGGACUCUCCCCAGUGAAAGGAAGUUACCUGACGGUGGUGUUCAAGGAGCCUGCAGUGGUGACGUGGAUAUUUGUAGAAACAGGGUCAGGGACGAAAGACUUGCUGCAGUCGGCUCAGGUGGAGCUCGGCCACGACGUGGUCACCACAGGGAAGGAUAAGAGCUGUAAAGACUUCCAGUCAGUGGGGGCGAUCGAGAACGGGAAGUUUGAGAUGCAGGAGGUGGACAAAAAGUACAGCUCUGCCUCUAAAUGUCUGAGAAUACUAGUGACGGCUACGCAGAAGCACUGGGUGAUCAUUCGGAAAAUCAGGGUCACAACGAAGCAGAGUGCUCCACGCCAAGAAUAGGCCUUAAUUUUUAUUCCUUCCAGAUUACUGAUUAGGUACUGAUCUGCUGGAACUUGUAUGCAAACAGACAAUGUGACUUUUGUGCCUUAUAAUAUUACAUAUAACUAUUUCUUUAGUGAAACCAGUGCUUGAUGACAUUGCGACGCUGCUGUGAUGAAAAUGUUUGACUAAACUCUGUGAUAAUGUGUUAUCUGUUCAACCUAAUGCAGAGAUUUGCAAUAAGUCAUCCGUAACCCAAAACCUGUCAGUUUAACCCUUUGAACCCCAAAAACCCGCCGGCAGGUUUGAAAGGUAUGCUGUCUUUUGAAACAACUGCCAAAAUUACACCAUUUAUCAGAGAC